ACUGCAGUUCAGUGUUCAGUUCGUUCAGUGUUUGUUUAGUCAGUAGCAGAGUGAUCGUCGUGGAGGGUAGGUUGUAGGUUUGCGUGUGUUGUUCUGUCCUUAUCUCUUUCUUCCCCCCGUUUAUCUCUCGGUGCCUCCUCUCACUUACUCCCUCUCUCUGUUUAUCUAUCUCCCUUUCCUUGCAUCCUUACGAUCCUACUCUCUACCUCCACCCCUUCUCUCUGUUCACUGUUGUUGCCAGCAAUGCCAGCUAACGGUGGAGCGAAGUAGUGGAAGUGGACACGUCUCGGUCUCGGUCUCGGUCUCGGUCUCGCCCGUCCGUAAUAAAGGAUCGGUGACACGAAGUGGGCUGGCCGCUCGCGCGUACAAGCAUUGCAGGCCAAUGCAGGCAUUUCUGUACGGCUGUACUUUGUGUCGCGCGAGGACCGAGGACUGAGGAGUGCUGGGAGUGCACGCGCAGUGCGUCAUCCGAGGUGUGCGACGUGCGUGCGCGCGUGAACUCGACCGUGCCACCGGUGCCCCGUGCCGCGGACAGCGAUACCAAGCGAUACCUUCGAUUCGCCUCCUCUCUCUCUCCCGCCGUCGUCGAAGGUCCGCAGCCAAAAUGAAGUGCACCACGUUCACUGCCGUAGCGUUACUUCUCGGUAUCAUUGGAUGUACGCAUUCGCAAGAGAAAGAGACGUUACCAUCUGCCGACGAGGUUCUGCAACAAGUCAGCAACGUGGUGGGCGACGUCCCAGAAUUGAAGAACGUGAACACAUCGGCGCUACCCUCCAUCGAAGAGGCGAAAAAACUUUUUAAGGAGAAGUGUACAAAAAACGGCGGACCAAAAGCAUUCGAGGAUGCUCAUCGCGCGCAAAUUGAUAUGGCAGAUUGUCUUCGGUCGCUCAUCAACAUUACGGAACUCCAGGCGGAGAUGGAAAAGUACAAGCCGACCGGCGAUUUGGAUAUUGUCUUCAAGAACUACUGCAGCAAGCGCGCCACUCUGCGAGCUUGCGUGAGCAAUUUCACGCAGACGGUGGAACAGUGUCUGGACGAGAAGGAGAGGGAGAACAAGAAAAUAGUGCUGAACAUAACCGACUCGCUGCUCGAGUUCAUUUGCUUCAAGGAAGGCGAUAGGAUCGCUCUUUUCAUCUCAGCUGGAGGACCAGAAUGCUUCCAAUCGAAGCAGCAAGCGAUUCAGGAUUGUGCCAACCGUACAUAUGGUGGUUACGUACCAAGAACUGAUCCAACUACAAAUGGUUUAGUGGGACUAGAGAGUCUGCCGUCACUGACUUUUGGUAUCAAAGAAUGCAGGGACAUGACUGUACUCCAAAGCUGCGUUGUGGCGGAGUUGGAAAAGUGCUCGGAUCCCACGCCUGCAAAUAUAAUGGAUUCUAUAUUUAAUUUCGUCAGGAGAGUGACGCCGUGCGAGAAUUUACUCAACGCAGCACAAAGCGCUGCUGCUACCGGCACACAGUCUGGAUCUAGCGCUUCGCACAUGGGCGCUCUUUCAACCAUAGCGAUUCUAUCUAUCGUUUUGUCUCUUGUAACAAGUGGAAAAAGAGCUGAGUUUACAUCCGAUGAGGAUUCGAUCAACAAUGAUGCGUGUAGCGAGACCAGCGGCCAAUCCGACAACCGUAGCGUGCUGGAGGACGCGAACGACAACGAGGUGGAGGAGCUCGCGCAGCAGGAGGCGUUCGAGGAGAAGCUGAAGGAGGCGAUCGACGGCCUGACGCAGAAGAGCGCGAAGGGCCGAACCAUCUGCUUCACGGGCAUCGAGAAAAUUUUCGCCAUCAAGUACAUCCCCGAUUUCGUCGAGGACAGAAAAAUGACCAUUGCGGAUGCCACGGAGCGUGGCUUGAAGAAGGGACGUGGUGACGAGCAGUCGACGGCGGCCAGAUUGAGCACCCUGCUGUGCGUCCAGUUGGGCGCCUUCGAGAGCGCCGAGAUGGUCUGCAGAGAUCUAAAGUCGACUCUUACCUUCAUCGCUAACGACAACGCAGCUUCUGUCCAUGCACGCGCCGAGUGUUGCUGGGCGUUGGCCAUGAAUCAAUUCUUAUCAAGCAAUGAUGUGACCGACACCAUGGAAAUUGCACAGUUACUGUCAUCUAUCUUUUCGGGCUCCUAUUUGAAAGGAAACGGCGCGAUCGCGAACAUAUCCACGGAUGUGGCGGCGCUCCACGUGGCAGCUAUCUCAUCGUGGACCCUGCUUCUAACAGUUAUGAAUUCCGCGGAUAUCUACAAUUUGCUCGCGAGCGGCAGAACGAACAGUUACAUGCCUUCGCUCAAUCGAUUGCGCGAAUUGCUGGAAUCGCCACAUCUCGACGUACGCUUGUCAGCCGGCGAAGCGCUGGCGGUGAUAUUCGAACUCGGUCGCGCGUUCUCCUGCGACUACGAGCAGACGUGGGCGCUCGACCUGGUCGAAAUUCUCAAGGAACUCGCCACGGAUUCCAACAAGUACCGCGCUAAGAAAGAUCGCAAACAGCAACGCGCUAAUUUUAGAGAUAUUCUGCGUUAUAUCGAGGAAGACAUCGUUCCGGAGAUGCACGUGAGAUUCGGCCAGGAAACUCUGUAUUUAGAGGGAUGGUGCGCGAGGACUCAGUAUAACGCUUGCUGCCGACUAUUAGGCCCCGGUAUCAAUAUCCAUCUUGCUGAAAAUCAACUCCUGCGCGAGAUCUUUCACCUUGGCAACAAAGUUCUACCUCCACCGAUCACGAUCAAAACGAGUAAAUUAGAAAGAACAUUGAUGAACGCGGCCGCGUUCAAGGCACGCACCAUUCAGCGCAAUAAGAAUCGCGACAAACGAUCUGCAGCUAUGGCACCGUAAUCACACUUCUAUUCCUAUGCUGGUUGUCUCAUUUUAGUGUAAUGCAAGUAUAUUUAAAUUUUUUCUUUUUUAAUUUAUUGUAGCUACAUUCAAUAGCGUAAAAUUGCUGUUUCUCAAUCAAUUUUCAAGUCGAAAUUGUACAGAUAUUCCAUAUGAUGUACGUUCUUUCUUCUUGCAUAAAUUCCGUCGGUGUAAACAUGUGAUUUAUGUCGUCGCUUUAACGGCUAUAUUUAUUUAGUGAUAUUUAAUAAAGUCUACGUGUAUAUACAAGUCGAAAUAUGUGUAUAUACAAUUGUAAUGCUGGUAACAAUGAUUGCAUUUCGCAUAAAUUAUUUCAGUACGUGUAUUAACGUGUUUUUAUCAACUCGAUCACGCGAUCAUGUCGAAUCGGUGAUAUCUUUUGAACUGUUAUCAUUGUUGUUUUUUUCUUAGAUAUGUAUAUUAUACAUAUGUUGAUUUUGUAAUGAAAUUGCACGUUUUAAUCUUUUUAUAUUAAUAAUACACUUAUAGAUUGAAUUAUAACGUCUGGUUUAAAAAUGGAUUAUAAUAUGCAAACUGAUGGACGUAUUUCGUAUAUAACAGUUAACACAUACACAUAAGAUGUACGAAAUAUUUAUUAGCAUUGUACAUACGUAUAUGUAAGUUGUGUAAUGACGUAUUAAACUAGAACGUAGAUUAUAUAAAGAUAAACGUCAUCAGAAAAUUA